AUGUUGCAUCUUCAGAUUUUCCCCCGGGUGCUCUCCUGUGCUGUUCUGCUGCUCCUGCUCGUGGCCGUGUGGGGCAGAGGCAGGAGGUGCAGCAUCGCCAAAAUCCUGCGGCAGUACCGCGCCGUCAUCUUCCAUGAGAUCCAGAACCUGAGAAACCUGACUGGGUCGGUGUACAGGAGUGGGAGGGCUGGGCCCGCCUGUCGUUCGGACAAGGACCACAAGAUCCUGCUGUCCAUCUACAACAUCAGCAUGUCCCUGCGGGAGGUGGGGGCUGGCACCCUGCAGGGCCCCGAGGAGCUGGCGGUCUGGAGGGUGGCCAGGAACACCAACUUCGUGCUCCGGGAGAACUGCAGGAAAAUCAGCAAGAGCCCCCCGCGCACCGCCCCGGCCCCGCCGCGGCGCGGGGCUCCCGGCCGCAGGAGGAAGCAGCUGCGGGACAUCGGCAGGAAGGCGGAGAGGCUGGCGACCUGCUGGGAGAAGCUCAAUGCCCUGCACGCACCUCGCCAGGCACCCUGGGACUCGUAG